UUCAAGUGUCUUGGCACAAUCCAGCACCUCAAAUACAAAUUUGGUGAUGGAUAUGUGGUCACCAUGAAAAUCAGAGCAGCCAAAGCUGGCACUGUACCAGAUCUGAAUCCGGCUGAAGCGUUUAUGGAGAGCACAUUUCCAGGCUGCAUUCAGAGGGAGAAACACUAUAAUUCUCUACAGUAUGAGAUUGCUUCCUCCUCCCUGGCCAAAAUCUUCCAGCUAGUCUUGGCCAACAAAGAAAUGCUGAAUAUCGAAGAUUACUCAGUGUCCCAGACAACACUGGACCAGGUGUUUGUGAAUUUCGCAAAGCAGCAAUCCGGAGACGAUGAUGCCAUUGUGUUGCACCCAAGGGCAGCCGGUGCCCGGCGGGACAUGAGAGUCUUUCCAGUGAAAACGAAAGCCUGAAAUCUUCACUGAAGAGGGUCAUUUGAGCAGGUCAAUUGGAGU